GGCCCGUGGCGCCCACUCCCAGCGCACAGGGAGGCCGAAACCUCAGCAGCACCGCAGUCUCUGCACGCACUGCCGACGACGCGCGCAGCCUGCAGAGGAAAGAAGAGAAUGGUCCCGCGUUUCGUCCCCCUGCCAUCCGUCCUCGACAACGGGGACGUGCUGUUGUCUGGGGAUGGGGCGGGAAUUACAUCAAAAGAAAAAAGGAGCGAAACAGACUGGCUUCUGAAGACCAAAACCGGAAGCAAAUUGCAGCGCCGCGGGCGCGCCGUGCACGGUCCCUCCCCCGACCCCAGGGCCUUCCCGCCACCCCGCUUCCGGUUCUCACUCCGGUCCGCACGGUUGACCCAUAAAAGGCGCCUCCCACCCGGCAGGGCAUUCCGUCGCUCGUGGUUGUGGUGACAAAAUGUCGGGCCGCGGCAAAGGAGGCAAAGGCCUGGGCAAGGGCGGCGCCAAGCGCCACCGUAAGGUGCUGCGCGACAACAUCCAGGGCAUCACCAAGCCCGCCAUCCGCCGCCUGGCCCGCCGCGGCGGCGUCAAGCGCAUCUCCGGCCUCAUCUACGAGGAGACGCGCGGGGUGCUCAAGGUCUUCCUGGAGAACGUGAUCCGCGACGCCGUCACCUACACGGAGCACGCCAAGCGCAAGACGGUCACGGCCAUGGACGUGGUCUACGCGCUCAAGCGCCAGGGCCGCACGCUCUACGGCUUCGGCGGCUGAGCUGGCCUCGCGGCCGGUCCUUCGGUGAAAGGCCCUUUUCAGGGCCCCACGUCCUCUGUGAAGGAGCUGCAGCGACGAUCCCUGCUCCGCUCUUGGCCCGCCCUUGACGGGGAAUGCCGGGUGCUCCGGGCGGAGGCGCAGGGGCCGCAGGCCUGGCUCCCUGCGGCCAGCCUCAGCCGUCCAGUGCCCCGACACUACCCUGUAAGCAGCCUGACGUCCCCGCUGGGUGGAGGUCAGCCUGGGGCUAGCCGCGGUGGGGGGAUCAGUCGCCCCGGCUGCGCCGACGGUCUGGGCACACGUGCUGCGCCCGCCACCCCUGUCCCUGCGUUCGCGCUCGUUCCCAGCGUGCAGACCCCGCUGGCGGUGCACUCUGACGCCAGGCGGAGCUGCGGGGCAAGGCAGCGUGAGUGGAGAGGACACCCAAGCAGUGUUCUCGUGCCACCAGUGACCUUCGAGAGGACUCCUGUCUUCACUUGCUCAGAUCAAGACUAGAUUUUUUAGUCACUAAUGAUUGGUUGAGUGACAUUUAAAUUGCAUUGUUCAUAGGACUAUUUGCUUUAUUAUUUGGGGGCUCUUAAUAGAGAUGUCCACUAAAGUUUUGAUUUUCUAGUUUCUUACUCGGUUUGAAUAUUGAUGUAGUCUGAACUUUGACCUUUCUCAGCACUUGGCAAGCACAUUCAUGCCGUGCCUCGAUUUCAGAUGUGAUGUGUUGGUAUAUAAAAAUUAAUGUUGCAUUCUUCAUGGAAUUUGAAUAGUGCCUUUUCAUUUGUGGCUAGCCAAUCAGCCCCAUCCCCUUAACCACUACAAAGCUGCAGGCAUCAGAUGCCUUAGCUUGACAUUUGACUUAGAUUGACAAUAGGGUUUUGUAAAUAAGCUAAGAAUAGCAUUAAGAAGGAACUGAGGAAGAUCUCACAAUAAAUUGAUCUUUCUAUGCCUAAAAUCUGCAAGGAGUUGAGAGGCAAAUGAAAAUGGUAAAAUUGAGAGAAAUAAUGCUUAGGAAGUAUUGAAAGUGUCAAAAAUGUUAAAUGCCUCACAUGGAUUAUCGUGUAAUUCUUGCGAUUUAUUAUCAUUUAUAAAAAUAUAAUCAAAUGAAGUCACAAGUAUUGUUUAUCUGUGACUUAAACUGUGGCAUUCUGAACCACACUCAGUAUACAGAAAAGCCAUCAGGAACAGUCUUGGUGCCUGUCCUAUGGUGGGUGAUCGGGAAUCAGGACAGGUAUGAGGCCUGCCAGGCACUACCCAAUUUGAAAGGGUGAUUCUAGCCUUCGGGUUGUGGGCCUGCCUGAGAAGGGCGUCUCUAUUUUGUGUCUGGAGGUGGUCAUGCCACUGCUGAAUCAUGGCUGCCAGUGUCCCCGACCCAGCAGCGGUCAUGUUCCAGGCCCCCUGGACUGAACACUGUCCUAGGAAACACUAGGAACUGGUGAAGGUCCGUCACCCAAUCAGUAGGGCCCCAAGGGUCAGGUCUUCUUAAAUGUCAUAGCACUAGUAGUGAAGAGUGGUAUAUGACUUACCAAAAAAAAAAAAAAAAUUGAUGUUUAUGUAUUUCAUUUAGUUUUCAUCUUUACAUGGGGGCUGGAUUGUGUUUA